AUGCUAGCCAACUUCACUGCGGCUGGAGACAUGUCAGUAUCCGUACCCGAGACUGAUACUGCUCAAAAUGCCAGCGAUGGGAGCCCAAAUCAAGACGAGGCCAGCCCUUCGCUGCAAUCUGACGACGCUGGGUUGGCUCACCCUCGAGCGGGUCAACUCAGAAGACUCGCAACUGGGAACUCGGCUCAUUUCUACGGAGGGACAAGUCUCUUCAACAUCUUUGUUUCAGACAAGGAGAUUCAAUCCACACCGCGCACAGAUUGGUCAACAUCAACAGCAGUACCAGGCAGUGCUGCCGACAUAAACAACCCCGGGGCGAGUCCACAUGACGGCGUUUAUCAAUAUGCGCCACAUGACGAUGUGUCACAACGUCUCAUGGCAUCCUUCUUCAGGGAACAGUACUCGUAUAACAUGUAUGUUUACCGGGAGUAUUUCCUUAGGGACUACGACAUCGGCACUGGUCGCUAUUACUCCGACUUGCUUCUCUUCGCAAUCUGCGCAAUGGGAUCACUUGUAACCGGAGACCCUGCCGAUCUGCAACUAUUUCAAGUGUUUUCUACCCAAGCCCAGCAGCUAUUAUACCCUUCUCUAGACAGACCAGAUCUCACUAGUCUGCAGGCUCUUUUGAUCUUGGGUCAAUGUGAGAUUGGCCGGGGUUGUGCCUCCAAGGGUUGGCUGUUCUGUGGAAUGGCAUUCCGCUUAGCUCACGAGAUGGGCCUGCAUCUGGAUCCCAACAACUGGUCUGGUACUUCCGAACCCGAUGUUGACCGAGAAAUCUUGCGUCGUGUGUACUGGGCCGCGUUCAUCAUUGACAAACAACUGAGUUUGUAUUUCGGUCGUCCGCCCGCACUUUACUUGUACGAGUCGGAUGUCAGGAACACGGUUAGACUGCCCUAUCCGCCCGAUUGGGAGGGGUUACUGGAUACAUACAUCGCACCGGGGAUGUCCAUCAGCGCCUUCGAGGACGGCAUAGCUCUUGUUGGGGCUCUCAUACAUCAAGCAGAGCUAUCGAAGAUUCAACACAAGAUCAUUACUGAGCUGUUUGAGAAUCGCCGUUCGCAGGCACAUAAUGCCACCACAGCAGCAACAGUCCAGAAACUCCACGUCUCUCUGACGAAGUGGCUGGCCAGUUUGCCUGGGAAGCUCUACUGGAAUCAAUGGACAGUGGGAAAGAUUCCAGCUUGCGUCCUCCACCUCCAGUGA